AUGCCCUGCAAACCCGCUGGGGCUUCGCCCUCAGUGACAAUAACGGGAAUCAACAACUUUGUGAACCUCCUGUUCGUCAUCGACGAGGUCAGCGACGAACAGGAUAGCGCCGGUGCUCGCCGCACCGGCGACGUAUUCCUGAACGCUCUGCGCACCCCAGGUUCGGACGACGGCUCCGCGUUGGCAAAGAUGACCAUCGAAUUUGGAGCCCGGCUGCUCCAAUGCGCAGGUCCGGGCUGCGUCCGACGCUUCUUCAAACACUGCGAGGACUAUAUCGACGCGGUAGCUCAGGAGGCCGAGCUCCGAGGACGUGGGGUUGUCCUUGACAUGGCCUCCUACGAAGCGCUGCGGCGCGAGAACAGCGCGACACGCCCGUGCUUGGUCCUUACCGAGUCCUGCUUGGGAAUCGACCUUCCUGACCAAGUCUUCGACGAUCCGACAUUUAUGUCGUUGUAUUGGGCCGCGGUGGACAUGAUAAAUUGGUCGAACGACAUUUAUUCGUGGAACAUGGAACAGGCGGCGGGGAUGAGCGGGAACAACGUCGUCACGGUGCUCAUGCACGACGAGGACGCCGAUGUGCAGACCGCCGCCGAUCGUGUGGGGAGUCUCUUCAAGACCCUCAUGGACCGCUUCGUGCAGGCUCAGAGCCAGCUGCCGAGCUGGGGCUCCGCCGUCGACCAGAUGGUCCAGAAGUAUGUGAAGGCGCUGGAGUACUGGAUUGUCGGGAAUAUCGAGUGGAGCUUCGAUACCCAGCGUUACUUCGGACCACUGCACGCGGAGAUCAAGGCGUCCCUUGUCGUCUCCAUCCGCCCUCGAUGA